AUAAAUACUCCAACGCACGAUUAGCAUCGUUACAUCAAAACAAACAUCCAAUCAUGAUAGUCUUACUAUCAAUCGUGUUACCUUUGAUUUUCUACGCCUUCUAUCUCCUAACCACGCGAAAAUUUCAAUAUUGGGAGAAAAAGAAAGUGCCGUAUAUAAAACCGGUUCCUAUCUUCGGGAAUUUCUCCGAAUACAUUCUACAGAAGAAGUUUAUUGGAGAAGUUGUCAAAGAAAUAUGCCAGAAAUUCCCCAACGAACCAUUAAUCGGUGCCUAUUAUGGCACAGAACCAACGCUGAUCGUCCUGGAUCCCGAACUCAUCAAGCUCGUGAUGACAAAGGAUUUCUACUUCUUCAAUGGCCGUGAAGUUUCUGAUUACUCCCAUAGAGAAUUGUUCUCACGUAACCUCUUCGCUACACACGGAGACCAAUGGAAGGUGCUGCGUCAGAAUCUGACUCCGCUGUUCUCUUCCGCGAAGAUGAAGAACAUGUUCUAUUUGAUUGAGAAGUGCUCUCUUGUGUUUGAGAAAAUUCUUGACAAGGAAACACAAAAAGGAGAUGAGAUUGAAGUGAGGGCUCUCAUGGCUGCCUAUACUAUGGACUGCAUUGGCUCCUGUGUCUUUGGUGUUGACACGAACGUGAUGGAGAAGAAAGAGAAUAAUCCCUUCAAAAAUGUUGGUGAUGUCAUCUUCGAAUCCAACAAACUCAGAGCGUUAAAGUUAGUUUUUCGGUCUAUUUGGCCAGCCAUAUUCUUCGGAUUGGGAUUUAACACACAACCCGCAGAAGUCAAAAACUUUUUCACAAACUUAAUGACCGGUAUUUUUAGCGCACGUCAUUACACGCCGACAAACAGAAAUGACUUUGUUGAUCUCGUGUUAAAACUGAAAAACAACAAAACAAUGGUAGGCGACAGUUUUAAUAACGUGAAGAGCGAUUCAGCGGUGAAAGUGACGCUCGACGUGGAUGAUGAACUUUUAAUAGCACAGUGCUUUUUGUUUUUCGCUGCAGGAUAUGAAACCUCAGCCACCACAUUAAAUUAUACCUUGUAUGAGUUGGCCAAGAAUCCUGAAGCUCAAGAAAAGGCUUUAGCAGAAGUGGACGACUACCUGCGUCGUAAUGACAACAUGUUGAAGUAUGAAUGCGUCGCGGAGACUCCGUAUCUUGAAGCCUGUACAAAUGAAGCUCUUCGGCUGUACCCAGUGCUAGCAAUACCGACUCGUGAAGUGAUGGAUGACUAUACUUUCCCUUCAGGGCUGAAGGUUGAGAAAGGUCUUCGAAUACAUCUCCCAGCGUACCACUUGCAACGUAGUCCGGAGUACUUUCCGGAUCCGGAGAAAUUUCAGCCAGAACGAUUCCUUCCUGAAAAUAAACAGAAUAUAAGACAGUACACGUACUUCCCUUUUGGUGAUGGUCCAAGAGUUUGUAUUGGUAUAAGAUUCGCAAGAAUGCAAAUGGCGGCGGGUCUGAUCACCUUACUGAAGAAGUAUCGAGUGGAACUGGCUCCAGGGAUGAAGAGAGAAGUGGUCCUCCAGCCAACAUCUGUAGUCACACAGCCUAUUGGUGGAAUCAGGCUUAAGUUUGUGGAGAGAGAGAAUUGGGAGCAAAGAUUGCUGAAGUCAUCUACGUUCAAAAUGAUUACUCUACUGCUGUCGCUCGUUAUACCUUUAGUCUUUUUCGCGAUAUAUAUCACAUCAAAGAGAAAGUAUGAACAUUGGGAAAAAAAGAAAAUACCGCAUUUGAAACCAGUCCCCAUUCUGGGUAAUUUUGGCGAAUACAUAUUACAGAAAACUUACCAAGGGCAGGUAGCACAAAAAAUAUGUAAGAAAUUCCCCAACGAACCAUUUAUUGGAGCCUAUUAUGGCACGGAACCAGCUCUGAUCGUCCAAGAUCCUGAACUCAUCAAAAUCGUGAUGACAAAGGAUUUCUACUUCUUCAGCGGCCGUGAAGUUUCUAACUACUCGCAUAAAGAAAUGUUUACGCAGAACCUUUUCUUCACUUACGGAGACAGGUGGAAGGUGCUGCGUCAGAAUCUGACUCCGCUGUUCUCUUCCGCGAAGAUGAAGAACAUGUUCCAUUUAAUUGAGAAGUGCUCUCGAGUGUUUGAGAAAGUUCUUGACAAGGAAACACAAAAAUGUGAUGAAAUUGAAGUGAGGGCCCUUAUGGCUGGCUUCACUAUGGACUGCAUUGGAUCCUGUGCGUUUGGAGUUGACACAAACGUGAUGGAGAAGACAGAAAACAAUAUUUUUAGGAAAAUUGCUGACCUUAUCUUUGAUAUUCAGGGGUUCAGAGCUUUCAAGAAUGUUGCUCGGGCUAUUUGGCCAUCUGUAUUCUACGGACUAGGAUUCAGAGCAUUUCCAAGAGAAAUCGAUAAUUUCUUCAAUAAUUUGAUGAGUGGAAUAUUCAAAGGACGAGAAUAUAAGCCGACAAAUAGAAAUGACUUUGUGGAUCUCGUAUUGAAAUUGUCGACUAACAAAACUAUGACUGGAGACAGUUUGUUGAACAUGAAAUCUGAUGCAGAUAAAAAGGUGGUUCUCGAGGUAGACGAAGAAAUGUUAGUGGCCCAGUGUGUGCUAUUUUUUGCUGCAGGAUUCGAAACUUCGUCGACCACAUUGAGUUACGCUCUGUAUGAGUUGGCGAAGAAUCCUGAAGCUCAAGAAAAAGCUUUGGCAGAAGUGGACGAGUACCUGCGUCGCCAUGACAACACGUUGAAGUAUGAGUGCGUCGCGGGGACUCCAUAUCUCGAAGCUUGCGUAGAUGAGGCUCUGCGUCUGUACCCAGUACUAGGGCUACUGACUCGUGAGGUGGCAGAAGACUACACGUUCCCUUCUGGUCUGGAAGUAGAGAAAGGUCUGAGGGUGCAUCUGCCAGUGUACCACUUGCAUCAUCACCCAGAGCACUUCCCGGACCCUGAGCAGUUCCGACCUGAGAGGUUUUUAGCUGAGAACAAGCAGAAUAUUAAACCAUACACCUACAUGCCGUUUGGUGAAGGUCCUAGAAUUUGUAUAGGAAUGAGAUUCGCCCGCAUGCAAAUGGCGGCAGGUCUGAUAACCUUGCUGAAGAAGUAUCGAGUGGAACUUGCUCCAGGCAUGAAGAGAGAACUGGUCUUCGAGCCAGGAGCUAUCGUCACGCAGCCCAUUGGUGGAAUCAAGCUGAAGUUUGUGGAACGAGAAAAUUGGAAGGAACGGCUUUUGAAGACGCCGUGAAAAUUUUCAGUAGUAAUGAAAUGAAAUUUAUUUAUAUGCCAGAAUAUAGCUACAUGAUAACAUGGUCGAUAUAGGUAAUAAAAUAUGGUCUCACUAUAUUCGACUUGAUUUGUUUUAUAUCAUGUUUAUGAAAACGAAGUAAAUCUAUUUUAUGUAAUAUAAGUUCUUAUACAAAGUUACUAAUUUUAAGGUGCAGUAGUAGGUUUAUUAAUUCAUUUACAACCAUUUUAGAGAAAAGAAACUGUUGGAAAUAUGUCAAUAUAUUAUUAACUUGUUACCACAGACUAGACAUAAUUAUUUAUUUCAUUAAUCUAAUAAACUUUGGUAUAACUUGA